AUGGCUUACUCUAUCUUAUCGAUUCAGUUCAUCAAAGAUUUCAUUGAUUCUCAAAUCAAUGACGACAAGAAUUGGGACUUCAAUGUGAAAUUGCUUCGUGCUGCUGGAUUGUUUGCAGGAUCAAUAGUCCUGAUGCGAAACUAUGGUGACCUUAUGGCAAUCUAA